AUGCAGGCCAGCCUUCUCUCCGCUUUGAUAUUGGCCUUCGUCGCUGCAGUCUCAUGUGCCUCAUUGGCGAAAAAAGCCGACGAGGUUUCAUCGUUCGUUUCCGGAUUGAACGGAGCGGCACGGCUGAGAUACGGGAAACGAUCGCCCACUGACAAUCAAGAAUCCUCUUUCCUCGUCGACCAGCCCAUGCUCAUGGAUAAUGAAUACGUGCUUCAACCAUACGGCAGCAACGGUUACGCGCUUUACAAGCGAUCGCCGUCCGCGAAGAGUCUCAUCGAGUCAUUGAAUGGAGCUGAACGAUUACGGUUCGGCCGGAAG